AAUGAUUCAUCAAGUUGCUUCUUGACUAACACCAACACCACCACUGAUGCCAUAGUAACAUUUAGAGGAAACAAAUAUAAUGUUCCUGCUUGGUCGGUCAGUCUUCUUCCUGAUUGUCAAACCGAAGAAUAUAACACAGCCAAGGUGAAUGUCCAAACCUCUGUCAUGAUAAAGGGUAAAAACAAAGCAGAAGAUGAACCUAUAGCUUUGAAUUGGGUGUGGAGAGCUGAGAAUAUUGAUGAUGCUCUCCUUGGCAAAGGAAAUUUCUCUACAAAUGGACUUGUUGAUCAAAAAAUAAUUGCUUCUGAUGCUAGUGAUUAUGUUUGGUACAUGACAAGACUUGAUCUCGAUCAAAGUGAUCCAGUUUUGUCAGAUAAUAUGUCUCUUAGAAUCAAUGGCACUGGUCACGUAAUUCAUGCAUUCGUUAAUGGAGAACAUAUUGGUUCCCAUUGGGCUACAUAUGGUAUCCGCAGUUAUGAAUUUGAGACUAAAAUUAAGUUGAUGCAAGGAAAGAAUAUUAUCAGUCUCCUCAGUGUCACAGUUGGACUACAGAACUAUGGACCAAACUAUGAUAAAUGGAGCGCUGGUCUCAUUGGGCCCAUUAGUGUAAUAAGCAAAAAAGAUGAUGAAACUGUUGUCAAAGAUCUAUCCUCGAACAAAUGGUCUUACAAGGUUGGGUUGCAUGGUUGGGACAACAAAUUCUUUCGUGAAGACUCUCCCUAUGCUUCUGCUUCCAAAUGGGAAUCUAACUACUUGCCAACAAAGAGAAUGUUGACUUGGUACAAGACCACUUUUAAAGCUCCUCUUGGGUCAGAGCCCCUUGUUGUGGAUAUGCAAGGAAUGGGAAAAGGGUUUGCUUGGGUGAAUGGCCAUAAUAUUGGUCGUACAUGGCCUAGUUAUGAUGCAGGUGAGGAUGGUUGCAGUGAUGAUCCUUGUGACUACCGUGGUGAAUAUAGCGAUAGAAAAUGCGUUACCAAUUGUGGCCAACCCACACAAAGAUGGUACCAUGUUCCUCGCUCCUUUAUUCAAGAUGAUGUAAACACAUUGGUUUUGUUUGAGGAAAUUGGUGGCAAUCCAUCUCUGGUGAAUUUCCAAACCGUAGUUGUUGGGUCUGCUUGUGGAAACACUCACGAGAACAAGAGUUUGGAAUUGUCUUGCCAUGGACGUCCCAUUUCGGAUAUAAAGUUUGCAAAUUUUGGCAAUCCAGAAGGUGAAUGUGGCACAUUUAAACAAGGAAGUUGUGAAAGCAAAAAUGAUGUUUUGUCCAUUGUACAUAAUGCAUGUGUGGGCAAGGAAUCGUGCAUCAUUGAUGUUUCAGAAAACACUUUUGGAGUAACAAGUUGUGGAAAUAUUGUGAAGAGGCUCGCGGUGGAAGCAAUUUGUUAG